AAUUUUCCCCUGAGCAUUACAUUAGCUACAUCCCACAAAUUUUGAUAUAUUGUGUUUUCAUUCAGUACAAAAUGCUUUCGAAAUUCAUCUUUUGUUCCUUUGACUCAUGAGCUUCUUAAAAAUCAGUUAGUUUCUAAAUAUUUAGAAGUUUUCCAGGUAUCUUUCUAUUGUUGACUGUAAAUUUAAUUCCCUUUCAGUUAGAUAACAUACCUUUUAUUUUAAAUUUAUUGAUAUUAUUUUAUGGACCAAAAUGUGUUGGUAAAUGUUCUUUUGUGCAACUGGACAAAAUAUGUACUCUGCUUGUAUUGGGUAGGAUGUCAUAUAAAUGUCAGUUUAGUCAGUUGGUUGAUAAUAGUUUAACUCUUCUAAAUCAUAACUAAUUCUACUUAUUCAGUUAUAUGAGAUGAUGGCUGUUCAUUAAACCUAUUGUGGCCAUUUUAAGAUGUAUGUAAGUCAAACCAUAUGCUACACACCUUCAAAUAAUACAGUGCUAGAUAUUAGUGAACAAAAAUAAUGUUUUUGUCCACUAAUUCUAUAACCUGUGUCAUUUCGGGAUCUGUUUCUAAUUUUUUAUUUUUCUCCUCAAGGACUGCUUCCUUCCAAGUCUGAUGCUUUUGAUUGGAGACCAAAUGUGAAUCUUACCUUGGCACUAUCUUUUUUCCCUCUAGUUUUUUGAGAUAUAAUUGACUUCUAGCACUGUGUAAGUUGAAGCUGUACAGCAUAUGAUUUGACUUACGUACAUUAUGAAAUAAUCACAAUUUUAGUGAACAGCCAUCAUCUCAUACAGAUACAAAAUUAAAUAGAAAUUCCCUUGCAAUGAGAACUCAGUAUUUACUCUCUUAACAACUUUCCUAUAUAACACAGAGCAGUGUUAAUUAUAUGUAUCCCUUUUCAUGAAGAUGGCGCCGAAGGCGAAGAAGGAAGCCCCUGCCCCUCCUAAAGCUGAAGCCAAAGCAAAGGCUUUGAAGGCCAAGAAAGCAGUGUUGAAAGGUGUCCACAGCCACAAGAAAAAGAAGAUCCAGACGUCAGCCACCUUCCGGCGGCCCAAAACACUGCGGCUCAGGAGGCAACCCAAAUAUCCUCGGAAGAGUGCCCCCAGGAGAAACAAAGUUGACCACUCUGCCGUCAUCAAAUUCCCCCUCAUCACCGAGUCAGCCAUGAAGCAAAUAGAAGACGACAACACACUGGUAUUCACUGUGGAUGUCAAGGCCAACAAGCACCAGAUUAAACAGGCUGUGGAGAAGCUCUAUGACAUUGACAUGGCUAAGGUCAGUACUCUAACCAGGCCUGAUGGAGAGAAGAAGGCAUAUGUUCGACUGGCUCCUGACUAUGAUGCUUUGGAUGUUGCCAACAAAAUUGGGAUCAUCUAAACUGAGUCCAGCUGGCUAAUUCCAAAUACAAAAGUUUUCACUAUGUAAAAA